UUUGAUUAAAGUUUUACUUUAUUUUAUUUUUAUUACUUAUAAAUAUGUUUUUUUCUAAACUACUACCAUUCAAUUUAAAUUUAAGCGUAAAGUCGUUUAGAAUAAAUUUUAGAAAUCGUCAUUUUAAAACAAAGUCAUCAUUUACAGCUCGAGAUAUUUUGGAAAGAUCACAUGGGGAAAGCGGCACUUUGCAAACCCGUUUCAUCAAGUACAUAGCUUUAGAAAACUGUAAGAGUGAGAAUAUAGUUCCGAAAACAGUGAAAUACUCUCAAUAUUACCCAUUGAAUACUAUUUCUGAAUAUGAGAAAUUACUUCUUACAACAAAUCAAAAUCAGAUUCCUUAUGUUUCCAUAUUUACUUCAACUUACAAAACAAAUGCAGAUCCUUCAAAUGUUGCAAGUGUUAUUACCUGCUUAGAUGACCUAUGUUGUGAAAAUUUAGCUAAUAUGGACCUAGAUGAAAUAUUCCGAAACUUGUACUCUUUUAUGUAUCUAAUACCAAAUAAAAUUACAAAGUUGAGAUUUUACCAAUCUGGUCUUAAUGCCGCAGUAGAGCAAUUUAGUAAUGCACAUACUAAAAGGACGUUUGUUCAGUUAUCUUAUUAUUUGGGGCUCUCAAAAGGAAAUUAUGGAAUUUCUCAUUUGAUGAAAAAAUUUUUAAAAGAAUUUUCGGAAAUUUAUUUAGAUCAGUUAAACUCGUUAGACCUUGCAAUUGUUUUGAAUGCAGCUUACAAAAGUAGUGUUCUUUUUGAUGUAAAAACAUAUCAAGACAGAACGAUUUUAGAAAUUUGCGAAAAAGAAGUAGAUAAUGAUAUACUUAUAACACUAUUGAAAAGUUUAAGACUUAAUCGUGUCAAGUCCGAUGAUGUUCUUCAUAAACUAGAGAAUGAAAUUAUAAAUAAUAAGAGAAAGUUUGAUUUUAAAGGAUUAUGUCACAUUUUUGCAUUUUUUGCAGAGAAUAAAUACAAUAAAGAAGAAAUUUCCCAACAUAUUGUGGAAUAUUGUAAAGGUGUCCUAGCUUCUGUAAACGUAAAUAAUUUAGUAUUCAACGAUGUAAGGCCAAAAGAUAUAGCAACUUUUCUAUGGUGUUGUGCUCAACUUAAAACCCCAAGUUUAGGUGCUGACGAUUUAAAAUAUUUUGAAAAUAUCAUUCUUAAAAAAAUUAGUCGAAACGAGUACACAAAAAAUUUUGAUGAGUUAGUUGAUACAUGCUUGUCGCUUUGGAUGCUAAAUUAUAAAUCGAAUAAUUUGCUACAAGAAAUUUUAAAAACAUGUUCCAGUCACUCAUUGGAUUCAAAGGAGAAAAAUACAAGGGUCAAAUUGGAUUCACGGUUUAAACUUUUAAUUAAUAUAGCUCAAAUUGAUGAAUUAGUAAAUGAGGUUUCAAAAAAAUCAUUUCACCUAUCAAAAGAUAAUCCUUUUGAUGAAAACCGUGUUGCUCCUGCGUUUUUGUUAAAAAAUAAUAAAAAUUUAAGUAGAGUAAAUGAUUUAGUAAAAAAACAUCAGCAGGAAUUAGGAGUAAAAAAUACAAAACUUGUUCAACCAAUCUUAGAGUUGAAUAUUCCAAGUGUUUUAAUUGAGUUUGGUGAAAACCAGAAAAUGUUUCUAGAAAUUUUGGACGACAGCAGCAAACUUCGUUUUAACAAUGAGCCAAACGCAAUUAUUUCCUUAAAAAUAAAAACUUUGUUAAGCUUAAAGCAGAAAGUUUUUCUUGUGAACAUUGAAGACGAGGAUAAGAUUGCAGAUAAAUUAAAAAGUGCAAUUCACAAUGAAACUAUUUGUUGAAUAAAUAUUAAAAUAUUUUUUGAAGUUAUUCAUCCUU